AUGUCCUUCUCGUAUGCAUCAGUAGCAGAUCGAAUCUACUCAAGGCGGAGUUCGGAACUUUACGAUAAUAUUGCAUAUCUUCAUCAUCCGAGUGGUGUCACUGUCGUCGUUUUGAGAAGUAUUCCCGACAGUGAAGUCGUCUCUGUUGACUUUGGAAGCACAAAAAAGCACGGCGCCGAUCGGUCAACGAAUCAAGUGUCUGGAAAAGGGAAGAAGGGAGCCCUAAUUCUUCAAACCGACUCAAAAUUGUGCACUUUCAAGUGUAAAGAUGGGACGGAGCAUGUGGUGAGAGCCGGUGUUCGUGGGACUCUUGUAGAGAUGAACGAUCGCCUGAAAACGCAUCCAGACCUCAUCAGAACUGCCCCAGAUAACCAGGGCUUCAUCGCAAUCAUCACCUAUGGAGCCGGCGUCCGAGACACCGAUGGAAUGGGCGACUCGUUGCCGAAGAAGCGCCUCGUUUUGAAGUCGAAUUGA